UGUGGAAUCCACCUGAAACAUCCCGGGGUCCUGGAGAAGCAAUCUGCACGGAAUUGAGAGUUCUGUGCUUGUCUGGGUGGCUGAGAAACAGUUCUGGUGCCAUCAGUGCCCUACCCUGGGUCUGUAGGCAGCUCCCUUCAGCCAAAGCUCAGCUCUGAAGGUGCUGUGGUGGAGUGAAGUGUCUGUGUGCAGUCCUGACAGUCACUCAUCAUCCUCAGAGAGCUUGGAGUUACUUUUCCUCGUGCUCCCUCCUCUCCAGCAUCAGGGACAAUGCUGUGUGAGUCAGAGGCACGGAUGGCACUCGCUGAACCAGUCCCCAUGGCUUAUUGUAAUUCAGCUCCAGAAGGGAACUGUGAGGUGUCACUGAGUGAUGUACUGCUCAACUCUUCACCCAGAACUCCUGAGCCCCACAACAUCGAGCCAGGGGAAGAUUCCAACAUGGAGAGACACCAGCUGGACUCAGUUGAUCCCAAAGCAGCCUCCUCCUCUCCUGCCUCUAGAGUGUGGACAACACAUCGGGAUGGGGAGGUCAAGCUGAGGAUGGAAGACCAGGGAAUAGGCAGUGAACCACCAAAGACUGUUCACCAGCUCUUCCAGGAAACUGUCAAUAAAUAUGGGGACUAUUAUGCCCUUGCAUCCAAAAAAGGUGGCCAGUGGGUCAAACUAACAUACAAAAUGUACUAUGAUGAGUGCUGUAAAGCAGCAAAAAGCUUUCUGAAGCUGGGGCUGCAGCGUUUCCAUGGAGUGGGCAUCCUGGGAUUUAAUUCUGCUGAGUGGUUCAUUGCUGACAUUGGAGCAAUCCUUGCAGGGGGAUUUGCUGUUGGGAUCUACACAACAAACUCUCCCGAGGCCUGUCACUAUGUGGCAGAGAACUGCAGUGCUGAUGUUAUAGUGGUGGAAAACCAGAAACAGCUGCAGAAAAUCUUAGAAAUUGAGGAUAGACUACCUCAGCUGAAGGCCAUUGUCCAGUACGGGGAAGAGAUAAAGGAGAAGAGACCAAAUCUGUACUCGUGGAGUGAGUUCAUGGAGCUGGGCAGGGAUGUCCCAGACACUCUGCUCCACUUGGCCAUCGCGGCGCAGAAGCCCAACCAGUGCUGCACCCUCAUCUACACCUCGGGGACCACGGGGCAGCCCAAGGGGGUCAUGCUCAGCCACGACAAUCUGACGUGGACAGCGGCAGUGGCCGGACGGUCCAUCAUGCUCACGGACCCCAAGGAGAGGCAGGAGCAGGUGAUCAGUUACCUGCCCCUCAGCCACAUCGCUGCCCAGAUGUCUGAUAUCUGGUCAGCCAUGACCUUUGGAGUGCAAGUUUACUUUGCUCAGCCAGAUGCAUUGAAGGGCAGCUUGGUGGAGACCCUGAGGGAAGUGAGGCCAACUGCUUUUCUGGGGGUUCCUCGUGUCUGGGAAAAAAUGGAAGAAAAGAUGAAAUCCAUAGGGAUGAAAUCAUCGGCACUGCGGAGGAAAGUGGCCUCGUGGGCCAAGGGAGUGGGGCUGCAGACCAACCUGAAGAGGAUGAAUGGGUAUUCUGAGGUGCCGGUGAACUUCCGCCUGGCCAAACACCUGGUGUACAGGAAGGUGAGGAAGGCCCUGGGGCUGGACCGGUGCACCAAGUGCUACACAGGAGCUGCUCCCAUCACCAGAGAGACCCUGGAAUUCUUUCUGAGCCUGAACAUUCCCGUGUUGGAGCUGUAUGGGAUGAGUGAGAGCUCUGGGCCUCACACCAUCUCCCUCCCUCAUGCCUUCAAGCUCACCAGCUGUGGGAAGGAACUCUCAGGCUGCCGGACCCUCAUUCAUAAGCCAGACAGGGAUGGCAUUGGGGAGAUCUGCUUCUCAGGGAGGCACAUCUUCAUGGGCUACUUGAACAUGGAGGACAAAACCAAAGAGGCCAUUGAUGAGGAUGGGUGGCUGCACUCAGGUGACCUGGGCAAGCAUGACAAAGAUGGAUUCCUCUACAUCACAGGCAGAAUUAAAGAGCUCAUCAUCACUGCGGGAGGGGAGAACGUUCCUCCCGUUCCGAUUGAGGAUGCCGUCAAAAAUGCUGUUCCCAUCAUCAGCAAUGCCAUGUUGGUUGGGGACAAAGCCAAAUUCCUGUCAAUGCUUCUGACACUAAAGUGCAAGGUGGAUGCGGAGACAGGUGAACCGGGGGAUGAGCUCACUCCAGAGGCUCUGGAAUACUGUCAGAAACUGGGCAGCAAGGCCACAAAGGUCUCUGAAAUCAUCAGCAGCAAAGACAAGGCCAUCUACGCCGCCAUCCAGAAAGGCAUCACAGCGGUCAAUGAGGGAGCCACCUCCAAUGCCCAGAAAGUCCAGAAGUGGGUCCUUCUGGAGAAGGACUUUUCCCUCUUUGGUGGAGAGCUUGGUGAGUGAUGGGUGAGGCAUCUGGGGUCCCCCAU